AUGCCUAAGGAGACAGCUACCAGACGCGGCAAGUCCGACAAGGUCGUUAAGGCCAAGCGUGACCCCAACGCUCCCAAGCGUGGUCUGUCUGCCUACAUGUUCUUCGCCAACGAGCAGCGUGAGAACGUCCGUGAUGAGAACCCUGGUAUCUCCUUCGGUCAAGUCGGCAAGAUCCUCGGUGAGCGAUGGAAGGCCCUCAACGACAAGCAGCGUACCCCCUACGAGGCCAAGGCCGCUGCCGACAAGAAGCGUUACGAGGACGAGAAGGCAGCCUACCAGGCUGGUUUAGAUGAUGAUGAGGAUUAA